AUUUGUUCCCAAGGUAAAAUCUAAAGGUACAGUUCUGACAAUUAACUGGUUCAUUUGAGCGAACUCGAUCUAGUAUUUAGGUACUGUGUCAUUGGUAAUAUCUUUCGGCAAAGAAUUAACAGAUCGGAAUAUACUCUGUGCAUAUUUAUAUAAAUUCAUAUUGUUAUGAAAACGACUGAAGGAAUGGAACCUAUAGGGAUUUGUUUCGCAUAUUUUUGCAUAGUAUUAUGCGUAUUGCGUGCAUUUUUUCAUGUUUAAAUUUCCCACAAAUGUGUAAAAACUUGCAGUCUAUUGAUUAUUAAUUCGCUUCUACGAACGCGUAAAAUAUUGCUUUCAAUUAUUAUUUUUUAUUAUUAGAAUUAUUUUACGUUCGCAAACACAUCGAGGAUUAUAAGAAACAAAGCUCGGAAAAAUUCGAAAUGCACACUUUACGUUGGACAUUCGCGCUUUUUACUCUGACCGGUAUUAUACGACCGUCCACGUGGAAAUAUUUAUGGAAAAGAGUUUUGUACGAUGUUUACACGAUCGUCGUGCUGCUGUUGCUCUUCAGUUUCGAAACUUCCCUAAUUCUGGAUCUUGUCAUCAACGUGGAUAAUCAAGAUGAUUUUAGUGAAAAUUUGUACGUAACGCUGGUGCUGUUCUCCAGCUGUUGCAAGGCUCUCGUGCUACUAAUUUAUCGAGGAAAUAUUGAAAUUUUAAUGGGCGUUCUGCUAGAGAAACCUUUCGCACCUGUGAACGACGAAGAGAUUGAAAUUCGAACGAAAUUCGAGGAACGAAUCGAAUGGAACUCCAAAGCUUACUCGUUUGUACUGCACUUCUUCGUGGCCUGGCUAUGGAUAGCCGCACUUCUUACAGACUUCAGACACGGAAGACUGAAAUUUCGAGCCUGGAUACCUUACGACUACAAUUCACCGCUUCUCUUUCUUUUUAGCUUUAUUCAUCAGAUCCUGGCCACGGUAUUCAGCACGAAUUUGAACAUCGUUUGCGAUUGUUUGUUCAGCGGUAUACUGAUUCACAUUUAUUGCCAAUUCGAGAUCCUUGAACACCGUAUGAAGAACAUUACGACGGACAAAAAUUACUCGGCGAAAUUCUGUGCACAUCAUCAUCACCGCAUAUACAAACGUGUAUUUUUCAUAAAUGAGCAGACUUUCGUAAUACAUGGUUAUGUAUCCGGGGAAACAAAUUACAGAUUCGCAUCGAUGGUGAACGAUAACUUCAAAAUGAUCAUGUCGAUGCAAUUUUUGAUAAGCACCGGAGCCGUGUGUUUCAAUCUUUAUCGAUUGUCGGUGAUGGAAUUUGGCCCGAAAUUUAUGGAAACAGCGACCUACACGUUGUGUCUGCUCAUGCAGGUAUUCUACUACUGCUGGUACGGCAACGAAGUCAAGCUGAAGAGCCUGGAAAUUCCUAACGCGGUGUUGGAAAGUAAUCUACCAUUUUUAGACGACAGCUCGAAGAAGAUUCUUUUACUGAUCAUGAGACGCGCGUUAGAACCUAUCGAGUUCACUAGUUGCCAUGUCAUCUCCAUGAACCUCGAAUCUUUCGCCAUACUGCUGAAGACUUCCUACUCAGCGUACAAUUUGCUUCAACAAAGCAAACUAAACGACUAAGAACCAUCGUAUUUUAAUCCGAGUGUAACAAGAAACAUGGACUAUUCACACGCAAACUAAUACAAAUGUUCUUUUUUUUACGACACACAUCAAUAAAUCAAUAUGUUAUUUCCCGUUCUGCUGUCUCUUUUGCUCGAAAUAAAAAUAAAAACCAUUCUUUGGCUAAUUAGCGCUCUGAUGA